AUGACCCUAGUACAAUACUCUGAUUCGGAAUCCGAUUCAGAGCCUAGAUAUUCUCCCCGCCCAGUUAAAAAACCUCGCCACGACAUCAACCCAGGGCCAUCGCUGCCGCCCCUGCCUGCAGCAUUCCACAACCUCUAUGCCUCGAGCACACGUGUGAGCGUGCAAGAUAAUCCCAGCCUUCAUGGCGGCCGAAAACGCGUAAUCCCCCACGUGGAAGGGAAUUGGCCAACACAUCUUUACCUUGAAUGGUACCCAGAGAAAGGUGAGCUAUCGCUCCUUGCAGAUGUCAUCGCACAGUGCGGGUAUUUGCCAGAUGAGAAUGCGUCAACAGUGCACAGUCUUCUCCAUAGCGAUCUCGGUGCCCAGCUACCCCUUCAUAUCAGCCUGUCUCGGCCGGUGGUUCUUCGCACCGAGCAGCGUGUCUCGUUUAACGAGGCGUUGCGAAAGGCUAUCCACGAUUCGCAUGUUUCAUCAUUCAAUGUCCAGCCGGAUACUUUAUAUUGGUCAUCUAAUUUUGAAAAGACACGCUGGUUUCUCGUCUUAGGUGUGCAGAGACCGAGACAUGAUGCUCUGAACCGCCUAUUGAAGUUGUCAAGUGACACUCUUGCUCGCUUUGGCCAGCCACCCCUUUAUGCAUCCUCCUCGACCCGAGAGCAGAAUAGUGCAUCCCCCUUUCAUAGGAGCAGCAGUCUAAACAGCGAAGAUUUCUCUGGCUGUUUCCACAUAUCACUUGCUUGGAGUCUGUCAGAACCCAGUGCGAAGGAACGUGAACGAGUCGCGGAGAUAGAUUUGCGAGCUUUGCGGAACAUUCACGUUGGGUUUGACAGUGUCAAGGCAAAGAUCGGGAAUGUUGUUGGUAGUAUUCCAUUAGAAAAAAGCUCAUAG